CCGGUCCUACGCAGCACAUGACAUGGAAACAGGAAAGUACUAGGCUUCAGCGAAGAAGCAUAUUUUUCUUAAUACAAUUUCACGCUUUCUUUAGUCCAAAACGUCCGUCCUAGUAAAUCUGCGUGCUUUGAAUCUACCGAUAAAUAUGGCCUCCUUUCGAUUACGUCCCCGGGCAAUGUUUCAUUUUGCUCUUAUCUGCGUCAUUUUGCUACUGAGUAACCUGCCUGUUAUGGCCAACAUGUACCACAGACCGAACAUUGUUUUGAUAUUGACCGAUGAUUUGGACGUCUCGAUUGGUGGUAUGAUUCCCUUAAACAAAACGAGAAAGCUGAUUGGUGAUGCUGGAAUAACGUUUCCAAAUACGUUUGUUGCCAGUCCACUGUGCUGCCCCAGCAGAGCGAGCAUCUUGACAGGCAAAUACCCACACAACCACCAUGUGAUCAACAAUACGCUGGAGGGUAACUGCAGCAGUCAGUCUUGGCAGAAGACUCAGGAGCCUGCCACAUUCCCGGCCCUUCUGCAGAAAUAUGGAUACUACCAGACGUUUUUUGCUGGGAAGUAUCUGAAUGAGUACGGUAACAAAGAGGCUGGAGGGGUGGAUCAUGUGCCCUCAGGUUGGGACUACUGGUUUGCGCUGGAGAAAAACUCAAAGUAUUACAACUACACAUUGUCUGUAAAUGGCAAAGCACAGAGGCAUGGGCAGAACUAUAGUGAGGACUAUCUGACUGAUGUCUUGGCCAACAUCUCAAUAGAGUUCCUCCAGUACAAGUCUAACUACAGGCCAUUCUUCAUGAUGGUGUCCACACCUGCCCCUCACUCUCCCUGGACAGCUGCCCCUCAGUAUGAGGGCCAGUUUCCCAAUGUCAAAGCCCCAAGAGAUCCCAGUUUUAACAUCCAUGGCAAGGACAAACACUGGCUAAUCCGACAAGCCAAAACUCCAAUGGCAAACUCCUCUGUGGAAUUCCUUGACAAUGCUUACAGAAAAAGGUGGCGCACUCUCCUGUCCGUGGAUGACCUGGUGGAGAAGGUAGUGAAGAAACUGGAGGUUCGGGGAGAGCUGGCGAACACCUACGUCAUUUUCACAUCGGACAACGGCUACCACACCGGCCAGUUCUCUCUCCCUCUGGACAAGAGGCAGCUUUAUGAGUUUGACAUCAGGGUUCCUCUGUUAGUACGAGGGCCCAACAUCAAGCCCAACCAGACCAGCCCGUUACUUGUGGCUAAUAUAGAUUUAGGUCCAACUAUCCUGGACAUGGCAGGGUACAAUGCCAAUAAGACACAGAUGGAUGGGAUGUCCUUUCUUCCAAUUAUGAUAGGGAAGGGCAAUAGCAGCACAUGGAGGACAGAUGUCCUGGUGGAAUAUGAGGGAGAAGGACACAAUGUCUCUGACCCAGCUUGCCCCAUCCUGGGUCCAGGUGUCUCGGAGUGUUUUCCUGACUGUGUGUGUGAGGAUUCAUAUAACAAUACCUAUGCCUGUGUUCGCACACUGUCCCAGGCAGCCAACUUGCAGUAUUGUGAGUUUGACGAUAAUGAGGUGUUUGUUGAGGUCUACAACCUGACAGCAGACCCCUUCCAACUAACUAAUAUCGCCAAGACCAUCGACCAGGAGGUCCUGGAGAGGAUGAACCACCGUCUGAUGAUGCUGCAGUCCUGCUCGGGACAGUCAUGUCGAACUCCAGGGGUCUAUGACUCACGGUUCAAGUUCCAGCCUCGUCUGAUGUUUGACAACCUCAGCCCACACAGGAGCAGAUGGAGACAGAUGCUGAAGUGAAGACAUGGGGGGGAGUGGAAACCCUAAAGACCCCUCUACACCCACCACCUUCAUGACCUGCUCAACCCUACUCCCUAUCUCACCUCCCCAAAGAUGUGCCUGUCUUUCUGCGUGCUUUCUCAGAUGGGUGAGGUCAUUGAAGGCUCAUUAAUGAUGGGGGCAGUGGAACACUGCCACCCGGCCUACUGGAAACAUGCUUGGACUUGGAUGCCGUGACUGAAUGUUUUUACUUGGUGGCUUUCAACCACUUUUGCCUAUGGAUGGUGGUGGUAACAUCCUGAGACCCUGCUGUUUUUAUCAUGGAUUACCUUUAAAAAAAGUGAGCAGGCAAGGGAAACUACACUUUUCUAAGUAGUUACACUGCAGUCUUCAGAACAUGUUAACGUUGCUAGUCUGAGAAAAAGCCUUCUAACCAAGGACCAGUGUUCUCUCUUCAAACUGAGCUCUAGAGAUUAAAACCAGGCCCACAAUUUGAAACCACACCUCUUCACAGGGGGUGUCCAUAUUUUACAAAUUCACUGUAAAAAUUGCAUACAGUGGUAGGAUGUGGGAUCAAAAGGUGUGGAUCUGAGCAAAAAUCAUUAGGCCAAGAAAUAAACCAAUGUGUUCGCCACUUCAUUUUUGCACCUAGUGUGAAAUAAUGUGAACUACUUUCUAUUACAAAAUUGUCUAUUUUACUAUGAGGAUGGUGUAGAGGAUGUGAGGAUAUGUUGCUUUGCUUAUUAAAGUUACUAAAACAAAACAAGUGGCAAACACCAACCUGAUACUUUUUUCCACUUUGGACCGCUAAACUCUGGAAAAUCCGUUAUGUUCAACCUGUGAUUAGCAAUAUCGAUGUACUCUUGGUUUAAACCGUUCGUAAUGGACAUUAUCAUGUUCUCAUUGCCUUUGGUUGUGUGCAGUUGUAACUGUUUAGUAAAUACUUAGUGUAAAAAAUGCAAAUCGCAGGAGUCAAUGUGAUGUUUCUUUCUACUGAGGUUUAUUCCGUGAUAAAAAUGACAUCAUUUUAGCAUUUGUGAGUGUGUUCUUGUGUGCCCCCCUGUAGUUCAUGUACAUAUUUAUAGAUUGUGUUUGGUCAAUAAAAACUAUUGUAAACUCA